AUGGCAGGAAGGCGGCUGAGGACCAAAGGUGCCGCCCUCCUUCAUCCGGGAGGAGAGACCCCGAGAGCGUGGGACCCCCGAGGCCCACAGGGGAGCCAUGGCGUCUCUGGGAGCGGCUGGGGCCUCCGGGAAAAACAAAAUGGCCUUCCCGCCUAUUUCGGAAAAGGGCGGGAAACCCCUUCUCCUGGGCCUGCCGCCUCCGUGGGCUCCUCCUGGGCCUGCCUGGCCAUGGGGGGGGGGGGGAAUCCAGCUGCCCCAAAAAAUGAGGGGGGAGAGAAACAGGAGGAGAAGGAAGGAGAAAUGAAGGAGAAGCUGGGAAGGGGAGCAGCCAUGAGGGAAACUCGGGGGGAAAACUCCCUCAGGAAACCGGGCGAAGGAGAGGAGGAGGCCCAGGGGAAUCUGAAAGGGGAUUGGCCAGCUGCCCAAUGGAGAGGCCUCUGAUUGGUCCAGCCCUGCUCUGGAGUGGGAAAUGGGGUCAGAUAGUUCUGGGAGCCCAGGAGAAACUGGUUUUCUGGCAGGAAACACGGGGAAAGGAUGGCAGGGGUCCCUCGUGCUCUGAACUGGGAAGAGUCCCAGAGGGAGGGCCCGCCCCCCUGAGCACCAUGCGCCCCCCUCCUGCCCCCCCCCCGGUCGCGUGUGCGUUUCCUUCCUCGCCUGGGACUCUUCCUCCUCCGUCUCUCUUCCUGGGGUGAGAAGCGGCUGCAGAAGCAGAAAAACCCGUAUUUUCGGGGGGGGGGAGGGGUCUCCCGGCUGGGAAGCCCCCCUCCCUCCCCCCCCCGCUGAGCUGGAGGGUGUUCCUUGGGGGGGUGUCUUGAGGGAGCCAUUUCUGAGCCCAAGGCACCUCCCGCCACUAGGCAGCCUUCGCCUCUUCUCCCUCCCAGCCUUUCCUUGGGAUCCAGGAGCCUCGAUGUUGGGGGAGGGGGAGAGCCCAGCUAACCCCCCCAUGGACCCGGCCCGUCUCCCUUGCAGUUAGUCUGGUUGGAUGUGGGCUCCUUGGGGCAGAGGGAGGGAAGGGGGGCAGCCCCUAGAGCGCAGGCGCAGAAGCAGGAAAACUGAAGGCAGGGAGAGGGAGGGGAGGACUCGGCUUGCCAAGGGUUAAAAGGAGCAGAGCGGGAUUCCUAGAGAGGACGGGAAGUGAAGGGGGAGGGGGCAAGGUCCUCCAGAGCAGAAGCCCCUCCCUCCCCCUCCCUUCCUGCUUUCUUCUCUCUCCUUUGCAAAAGCCCCUCCUGGACUUUGUAGCUGCUUUAAAGUGUGGAUCCAAGGGUAUGUGGCAGAAUAGAAAUGGGGAACCCCCGUCUCCCUUGCGGUUAGUCUGGAUAAGCUGUGGGCUCCUUGGGGCAGAGUCCUUGGCACAGAUGGAGGAGGGGGGGAGGAAGGGAAACCCCUAAGUGCAGGGGCAGAAGCGGAAAAGUGCAGGAAUGGAGAGGGAGGGGGUCCCUCGGCUUGCAAAGGGUUAAAAGGAGCAGAGCGGGAUUCCUAGAGAGGACGGGAAGUGGAGGGGGGGUGAAGGUCCUCCAUGGCUAAAUCCCCCCUCCCCCUCCCUCCCUCCCUGCCUUCUUCUUCUCUCGCCUUUGCAAAAGCCCCUCCUGGACUCGGGUGAGUCUCCUCUCUCCUCCCCCUGAGGGUGCAAUGGGGAGAAGGGGGUCCCAGGGGGGCAGGGAGGGGCCAUGGGGGUCCCUGCUCAGAUCAUGCCUGGGGGGGGAGACCCCCAAGUCGGGGAGCAGAGGGUCCUCCCUUGUCCUCUCUGCCAAGCCAGGGAGGGGCCACUUCGCAGGAAAUAUGCAGCUCUGCUCUUCCUUUUUAGGGAGGGGGUUUUGGGUCAAGGAAAUAAACCCCCUUCAGAUGGAGGGAAAAGUCACAUUUAAGAACAGAGGCUGCAGCCAGACGAGAACAUUCCCACGUGGGGGGAGCGCAGGGAGAAGAAAAGCCCGUCUGCAUCUGCAGCAGCACAACAGGACCACUUCCUCUGUCCCAGAUGCAACAAUAUUAUAUUAUACAACAUAAUAUUACUAAUAAUAAUAAUAAUAAUAAUAAUAAUAAUAAUAAUAAUAAUUUAUUUGUACCCCGCCCAUCUGGCCGGGUUUCCCCAGCCACUCUGGGCGGCUUCCACAAAAACGAAAAAUACACUAUUAUGUCAUACAUUUAAAACUUCCCUGAGCAGGGCUGCCUUAAGAUGUCUUCUGAAUGUCAGGUAGUUGUUUAUGUCUCUCCCCUGUCGCUCUCCACACCCACAGCUGGCGCUGUGACCUUCCAACAACUGGAUCUCACUCCCAAAGACACACUCUUCCAUGGUCUCCCAAGACAGAUGACUGCCAACCAGCCAACCAUUCCCUCCCCUCACAAUGCACAAUUCCCUCCCCUCCCCCUCCUGGUGCCCCUGGAAGUUGGCUUGAGGGCAUUGGGAGGGUCCAACGCACCAGAUGAAGGGAGAGGAGGUCCUUCCAUCUGGAAAAUGGGAAUGCUUGCAAAGAUUUACUUGAAGAUGAGUGCCAUAUAGAUAAAAAAACAUUAUUUUGUGGAAUUCCCCCAUUUACACAAAGAUUAAUACCCAUCAUUUAAAUACACAACAAAAUGGUUUCAGAAAAGAACAGAGCAAUGUUUAGAAAUGCUCCCUUUUUCUCUUAGGGUCCAGUGUGCUUUGAAGACGUAGCUGUUCCUUUCACAGAGGAGGACUGGGCUUUGCUGGAUCCUGACCAGAGAGCUCUGCAGAAGGAAGUCAAGGAGGAGAUUCCUGGGAUCGUGGCCCCUCUGGUAAGGCUCCCUGCUGGAUCAUAAGAUCAGUUUUGAAAUUCCAUACAGAUCUCUGAAGGACAAACCUCCUCUAUUUUGAGGGAGCCCCAUAGCGCCACCUGCAGCAUCUGAGAUGUUAACACACCCACAACUCUCCUGGAAUGGAAAACUCAAUAGGAGAUGUAUCUCCUGUUCUGUCUGGGAAUAUUCUUCCACCAGUGCUGCCUUUUCAAACCGUGAGGAGGCUGGUCUGAGCUGCCCAGGCCUUCUUCAAUGUAGGCUUCAGAGAUAUUAAGGACAUGGAGGUACAUCCUGUCUAAUUUUCUUUUUCCCUUUCUCCAUCUGUCUGUUUUUGGUUGAGCAAAGAAAUGACUGAGCUUGGAGAUGGAGCGGAUUCCACGACUGAGCCAAAUUAAAUCUAUCCCUGGAACGAGCCAGGCUUUUCGAAUCUCCAGUUCCCAUAAAUAAAUUAGGUAAUACCAGCCAAAAAAGGCAGUAACUCCCUUCCCAGAUCAGUGCUUGGAAUGUAGAAAGAGCUUCAUUCAGGUGGUGAAUCUAAUUUUCCAUGAAAUAUUUCCUGCAAGGGACUGUUUAGAAUGUGGAAAAAGCUUCACCUAGGAAACCAGUCUCAAUUUCCAUUAAAUAAAACACAGCAGGGAUAAUCAGAGAAUCUUAGGAAAUGGUAUAAGCCAUAUGGUAUAACUGGUAUUAGGAAACUUCAUGAGGAAUUAAGGGGAAAGAUAGCGUUGACCCGGAGUAGUUACAAAAUUUAUGGUCUCUCCACGAGUGCCAGGGACCCUCCUCCAAAGAGAGCUUUUUUUUGACGGAAUUAUUUCCUUUUUCCCAAUUUGGGCAAUUAAGGUUCUCGCUGCCACUGUGGCACAAAGAAAUAUUUCCUUUUUUUUUUUUUGUAUAUCUACAUCUAAUAUUCCCAAUAAAAAGGCUUCUGUCCUUUGGGGCAAAAUUUUGUUCAAAAGUUUUCUUUAGUUCUUCAUACACCGUAUCCCAGAAGCCCUUGAUUUUAUCACAUGGCCACCACAUAGGCAGAAGUGUCCCCUCUACUUGCCUCACAAGCCGUAAAAUUCCAACUCUCCUUCCAUAAUUUUUCCCAUGAUGUUAAUUGAAUAGGUUUCCCUAAAUCCAUAGCCAAUUUGAUCAUUACUGCCUUUACCUGUUCAUCCAUAUCCUUCCACUCCACUAAGAUUCCAUACAUUUUAGAAAUUUGUUUUGUUUUGUUUUGUAAUAAUUCUUUAUCCAAUACUGAAAUUGCAAAACCCUUUUUCUUGUCAGCUUUGAAGACCUCAUUUAUUUGGUGAUACUGGAUCCACCCUGUUAGGUGGUGUUUUAUUUCCUCCCGCAGUUUGGUCAGACUCAUGCUGGUAGCUUCAAGAACACUGUCCCACCAUCUCGUCCUCUGUCGUCCCCUUCUCCUUGUGCCCUCCAUCUUUCCCAACAUCAGGGUCUUUUCCAGGGAGUCUUCUCUUCUCAUGAGGUGGCCAAAGUAUUGGAGCCUCAGCUUCACUAUCUGUCCUUCCAGUGAGCACUCAGGGCUGAUUUCCUUCAGAAUGGAGAGGUUGGAUCUUCUUGCAGUCCAUGGGACUCUCAAGAGUCUCCUCCAGACCAGAAUUCAAAAGCAUAAAUUCUUCGGCGAUCAGCCUUCUUGAUGGUCCAGCUCUCACUUCCAUGCAUCACUACUGGGAAAACCAUAGCUUUAACUAUACAGACCUUUGUUGGCAAGGUGAUGUCUCUGCUUUUUAAGAUGCUGUCUAGGUUUGUCAUUGCUUGUCUCCCAAGAAGCAGGCGUCUUUUAAUUUUGUGACUGCUGUCACCAUCUGCUGUGAUCAUGGAGCCCAAGAAAGUAAAAUCUCUCACUGCCUCCAUUUCUUCCCCUUCUAUUUGCCAGGAGGUGAUGGGACCAGUGGCCAUGAUCUUCGUUUUUUUGAUGCUGAGCUUCAGACCAUAUUUUGCGCUCUCCUCUUUCACCCUCAAUAAAGGGUUCUUUAAUUCCUCCUCACUUUCUGCCAUCAAGGUUGUGUUAUCUGUGUAUCUGAGGUUGUUGAUAUUUCUUCCGGCAAUCUUAAUUCCGGCUAGGGAUUCAUCCAGCCCAGCUUUUCGCAUGAUGAAUUCUGCAUAUAAGUUAAAUAAGCAGGGAGACAAAAUACAGCCUUGUCGUACUCCUUUCCCAAUUUUGAACCAAUCACUUGUUCCAUAUCCAGUUCUAACUGUAGCUUCUUGUCCCAUAUAAAGAUUUCUCAGGAGACAGAUGAGAUGAUCAGGCACUCCCAUUUCUUGAAGAACUUGCCAUUGUUUGCUGUGGUCGACACAGUCAAAGGCUUUUGUAUAGUCAAUGAAGCAGAAGUAGAUGUCUUUCUGGAACUCUCUAGCUUUCUCCAUAAUCCAGCGCAUGUUUGCAAUUUGGUCUCUGGUUCCUCUGCCUCUUCUAAAUCCAGCUGGCACUUCUGGGAGUUCUCGGUCCACAUACUGCUUGAGCGUUCCUUGUAGAAUUUUAAGCAUAACCUUGCUAGCGUGUGAAAUGAGUGCAAUUGUGCGGUAGUUGGAGCAUUCUUUGGCACUGCCCUUCUUUGGGAUUGGGAUGAAGACUGAUCUUCUCCAAUCCUCUGGCCACUGCUGAGUUUUCCAAACUUGCUGGCAUAUUGAGUAUAGCACCUUAACAGCAUCAUCUUUUAAAAUUUUAAAUAGUUCAGCUGGAAUAUCAUCACUUCCACUGGCCUUGUUAUUAGCAGUGCUUUCUAAGGCCCAUUUGACUCCAGGAUGUCUGCCUCAAGGUCAGCAACCACACUACCUGGGGUGUACGAGACAUCCAUAUCUUUCUGGUAUAAUUCCUCUGUGUAUUCUUGCUACCUCUUCUUGAUGUCUUCUGCUUCUGUUAGGUCCUUACCACUUCUGUCCUUUAUUAUGGUAAUCUUUGUACAAAAUGUUCCUUUCAUAUCUCCAAUUUCAUUGAACAGAUCUCUGUUUUUCCCAUUCUAUUGUUUUCCUCUAUUUCUUUGCAUUGCUCGUUUAAGAAGGCCCUCUUGUCUCUCCUUGCUAUUCUUUGGAAAUCUGUAUUCUAUUUCUUGUAGGUCUGCCUUGGAUUCGUAUCAAGAUCAUUCUAUCAUUUUUCAGAUUGCAUCCCCGUACAGCUUUUGCCACUCUUUUCUUGACUACGAGGGCCACUCCAUUUCUUUUACGGGAUUCUUGCCCACAGUAGUAGUUAUGAUGGUCAUCUGAACUGAAUUCGCCCAUCCCUGUCCAUUUUAGUUCACUGAUGCCCAGGAUGUCAAUAUUUAUUCUUGCCAUCUCAUUUUGACCACAUCCAGCUUACCUUUCGGCUUUGGCCCAGCUGCUUCAUCAGCUCCGAAUCUACUUGUCCUUGUCCUCCGCUCUUCCUCAGUAGCAUGUUGGACGCCUUCCGACCUGAGGGGCUCAUCUUCCAGCGUCAUAACUUUUAUAUGCCUGUUGCCUUUGUCCAUGGAGUUUUCUUGGCAGGGAUACUGGAGUGGCUUGCCGGUUCCUCCUCCAGGUGGAUCACGUUUGGUCUAAACUCUCCACUAUAUCCUGUCCAUCUUGGGUGGCCCUGCACAGCUUAGCUCAUAGCGUCUCUGAGUUAUUCAAGCCCCUUCGUCACAACAAGGCAGUGAAAGUGGCCCAAUUCAAUUCCAUAUUUUUCUUUCCCGCAGUUAUUGCUUCCUGAGGUGAAAUCCACCAGGGGGUUUUAGGUUCUAAGACCACUUUAUGUUUUUCCUAUACUCUACAUAUCAAUUUUCUUAUUAUAUGAUUCAAAAUUGAUUUCUUUCCAUGUUUUAAUAUAAUUGUCUUUAAAUAGAUUGGUGUUUUCAUUUGUCAGCCAGAUUCCCAAAUACUUAGUUUUAUUUACUGUUUCCAAUCCUGAUAUUUUCUUUAGUUCUUCUUUUUCCUGUGUUGACAUAUUUUUUGCUAGCAUACUAGUCUUAUUUUUAUUUAAUUUAAAUCCUGCCACUUCCAAAUUCAAGGAUUUUCCCUCUUAUUUCUGGUAUGCUUUCCUCCAGAUUUUCAGAAGUUAGAAUUAAAUUGUCUGCAAAGGCCUUCAUCUUGUGCGACUUCUUCCCCAUUGUUAGACCUUUUAUGCCUUGGUCACUCCUUGUUGUCAUUGCUAAGAAUUCUAGUACCGUAAUAAAAAGUAGAGGCGAAAGGGGGCAGCCUUGCCUGGUCCCCUUACUUACUUUACUUCUCUUAUUUCACGAUUUAGUAUCAAUUUGGCUCUCUGAUUUCAAUAUAUUGCCUCAAUACCCCUAAUAAUAUUUUCUCCAAGUCCUGUUUUUUCUGUAUUUUUUUUCAUGAAUGUAAUGGUUCUAGGGGUUGCUCGUGCGUAAGCCGGUGCUUAUCUCCCCGGCUGGGUGCAAACACCUGGCUGGGUUGCCUAAGUGAACCUUUUCUGUCCGGACAGCCACUUACCCAUGGCUGACUCAAUCGCUGGCAGAAUCCGUCAGUGGGCGUUUCUUAAACUUCUUCCAGCAAAGAAGCUCUUUGACGCCUAGUCACCUCCUACUCUCUCUGCGCGGAAGCCUUCUGCGCAAGGAGGGCGUGGGCAACGGAGGACCCCUACUCUCCCCGCUGGUCCCAGGCAAGGAGUCAUGGGACCGCCUCGCCGCUUCCCCCAUCUGCCCCCCAUCUCCACUGGUGCUACGCUGAUUCUCUUCCCCAGAAGAUGGGCUGCUUCUCCCGAUCCCUGGACGCUCUCUGGAAUCCCUCUGGCUUUUGCUCUCUCCCUCCAGCACUGAUGGCAGUUUUCUGACAAUGAAGCUCCAAGAGAUGUUGUCGAAGACCUUCUCCAUGUCUAUCAGCAUCAAAAUGGCUUUUUAUCUGAUCUUGCUUCUAAAUAUUCUAAAAUAUCAAUUAUGUUUCUCAUUUUAUUGUGCAUGUGUCUGCCUGGUAAGAAGCCAGCCUGAUCUCUGUGUAUUAUUUCAUUCAAUAUAUUUUAUACUCAUUAUUGAACAAUGAUAUAGGUCUAUAAUUUUUGAUGAGUGUUGGAUCUGCUCCUUGUUUGGGUAUCAGUGUGAUAAAUGCUUCUUCCCAUGAUUUUGGUAUUCUUCCUUCCUUUAAAAUUUGGUCCAGUACUGUUUCAUUGGUUCUGAUAAUAUAUCUUCUAACUUCUUAUAAAAUGCCGCCAGUAAUCCAUCCGUACCUGGGGACUUUCCUAUCUUUGCUUUUGAGAUUGCUGCACCUCCAUCAUCGCUGUGGGUACAUUUAGUUGUUCUAUUUUCCAAUCUGCUAUUGGUGGGAUUCCAUUUUGUGCUAUGUAUCUUUCCAUUUCCUCUUGGUCUUCUUCUUUUGCACGGUAAAACUUCCUAUAGUAAUUUAAUUUUUCUUUGCAUAUUUCUUUAGGAUCUUCAAUUAUUUUUCAUUUCUCUAUUACUCUCUCUUCUUAUUUUUUCUUUAAUUGCCAUGCAAGUAGCCUACCUGAUUUUUUGGAACCACUGGAGAGGUAUAGAAAUGGGGCUUCUGUUGGGAAGGGGCUGCCCCAUUUGUGCUUCUCCAGGGGCAGGAGAAUCACUGCAGGGCCUCUGAGGCUGCCUUUCCUUCUUCCUCUCUCCCAGGACCCUCCAGCUCGUUCUGGCUCCUUGUCUCCUCAGGAAAGAUAAAAGGGACGGAUUCUGCAAACCUAGUGAGAAUGGAAGGGGGAAGAAGAUGGACGGAUGACCUGGUCAGGUUGUCUCCUGCGUCCCUCCUCUCAACCUCUGAGUGUUCCCUCCCAAGGACCUCCGAGAGAUCUGGUGAGUCCCAGGGGAGGGGAGAUGGGGACCUGGAUGGAAGGAGCCAGAGAGGAAUUGGGGUGGGGGGGGAGGCAGGCGGAUGGAGAUGGAGAAGGGGAGCACCUUUUUGGGCUCCCCCACCUGCCUGCCUGCCUGCCUGCCUGCCUGCGCCUUUGUCAUCUGCAGGCAAUUUGAGCCAGGAAUAGAUCACAGCUCCCCACCCAACGCGAUGAAUUGGCAGCUCUAAAUGUCUAAACCAGUUCUGUGAUCUGAAUGCCCUGCCAAUGUCAGAAAACUCACUGAUCCUGCUUUGCAGUUUGAAUGCAGAUGGGGCCUCUGUGUGCUGUCUUUUUCUUUUUGGAUUAACUUCUUAUUUGCUUUUAAAAACAAGGAUCAUAGGACUAAUAAAUGAUACAAAUAUGAAGACUAAGUCUUCGCAUGCCAUUUGCAUCUCAAAAAUAGCAGAAUAAAUUUGCAGGAAUAUCUAGUAACAUAUGGUUCAUCAUUAGUGGUCGGUGUAUGAGUUCUGGGUUCAUGAAUUGGUUUGAACUGAGUUAUAGUCACGUUUCCUCUUCUGUUGCUAAUGAAAAAAUACAGAGUUGGUCUCCUCAUGGACAUGGGAGGGGAGUUCAAAGUGAAGAAAGUGAUUUACGUAUAAAUUUAAAUUUAGACCGACUAGAUUGAGGCAGCAGCUGAUGGGGAGUGUUCAGGUGAAGAUGUUGCUGUUUGUUUCACAGACGAGACGUGGACGUUCCAUACAUACCUGUAUGUGAUGAACUUCAACUCUUUGGUUGGAGACCAACAGCAUCUGGGAUUCUAAUAUCCCCCACCGUGAACCCAGAAUGGAGGGAUAUCAGCUGUUUCCUCUGUGAAUGUUCUGCGUCUAGUCAUGCCUUUUAAAACAGUGAACAGGCUUCUCUGAACCACCCAGGCCUUCUUAAAUGCCGGCUUCAGAGUUUUUAGGGAAGUUGAUGUAAAUUCUGUCAGGCGUGUUGUUUUUGCUUCUGUUUGCAUUUGAUUGACCAAAGAGAUGACUGACCUUGGAGAUGGAGUGGAUUCCAGGAUUGAGCAAGAACAAAAUCCAUUCCAGAUAAAAGCCAAGCAAUAUGUCAGUAAAUACCGCCAACAAAGGCAGUGAAAACUAUAGAGAGGCCCCACAUCUAACUAUUUUUAGUUCUUCCUCUAUCACAAGCAUUAAUUAACUUGGUUCAAUGAUCUGGAGCUCCAUUUUUCUGAGGCUCUAAUUCGCUUCUCUCUUCAUUGCAGAUGGAGAUGAACUGGAAGGGAAGAACAAGGGGGAGCACAACAGAAUCCACAUAGCGGAGAAGUCAAAUAAACAUUCAGAGUGUGGAGAGAACAUCGGUCAGAGCUCCCAGGACACCUCCCGUCAAAGAAAGAGCUUCGUUCAGAGGGAUAGCCUCACUGCACACAAAAGAGGACAGAGCAGGGAGAAACCCUAUCAGUGCUUGCAAUGUGGGAAGAGCUUCAGUCAAAGGACCCAUCUCACUUUCCAUCAAAUAAUUCAUACCGGGGAGAAACCCUAUCAGUGCUUGGAAUGUGGGAAGAGCUUCAGUCAGAGGGGCAAUCUCACUUCCCAUCGCAGAAUUCAUACAGGGGAGAAACCCUAUCAGUGCAUGGAAUGUGGGAAGAGCUUUAAUCAAAGCGCACAUCUCACUUCCCAUCAAAGAAUUCAUACCGGGGAGAAACCCUAUCAGUGCUUGGAAUGCGGAAAGAGCUUCAGUCACAGUCUCACUUCCCAUCGCAGAAUUCAUACAGGGGAGAAACCCUAUCAGUGCAUGGAAUGUGGGAAGAGCUUUAAUCAAAGCGCACAUCUCACUUCCCAUCAAAGAAUUCAUACCGGGGAGAAACCCUAUCAGUGCUUCGAAUGCAGGAAGAGCUUCAGGGUGGGGGCCAAGCUCACUUUGCAUCAAAGAACUCAUAAAGGGGAGAAACCCUAUCAGUGUUUGGAAUGUGGAAAGAGCUUCAGUCAAAGGACCCAUCUCACUUCCCAUCAAAGAAUUCAUACAGGGGAGAAACCCUAUCAGUGCUUGGAAUGUGGAAAGAGCUUCACUGAUAGCUCCAGUCUCACUUCCCAUCGCAGAAUUCAUACAGGAGAAAAACCCUAUCAGUGCUUGGAAUGUGGAAAGAGCUUCAGUCAAAGCACCCAUCUCACUUGCCAUCAAAGAAUUCAUACAGUGUCUGGAAUGUGGAAAGAUCUUUCGUCAGAGUGGUGA